AUGCCCCCAAUCCCCAAAUCUGUUGCAGUCGUUUCUGCUGGCAUCCUCAUUGGUGCAAUCGCUCUCCCAGUUGCAGUCCUUAUCGUCGGAUUCAGCACUGGAGGUGUUGUAGCAGGUUCGAUGGCAGCUGGAAUUCAGUCUGGCAUCGGAAACGUCGCAGCUGGCUCAACGUUCGCAGCCAUGCAGUCCAUUGGAACGACGCCACUCACUUCUGUACUGUACGGCGGUAUCAUUGGUGGUGCAGUAGUUGGGGGUGGUGUUGGUGCGGCUAAACUCACAAAGCACCCCGAGGUCAUCAGGGACAUUGGAAGACAUAUUGCUGCUGGAGCUCGUGUAGUUGGAGAACACAUCAAGGAUUUCCUCGGGUUCGUACCCUCUAAGGCUCGUGCAGUCGGGGAAUAUAUCAAGCCCAUCGUGAAGUCUAUCUUGGGCAAACUCCACGGAGAUACGGUCGGCGUUGUCGGCUUUGCCGCUCUGGCUCAACAUAUUUCCCAUAGUUCCACGACUCUCGCUGUCUCUGCACGGGAAGCGUUCGUUGACAUGGGUAAGGCGAUAGGCGGCUUGGCACUUCCAGAGACGGCCAAAGGUGUGAAAUCUGCAUUCGAGGCCCUUAAUGUCACUUCUACUGCUCAUUAUGCGAUCGAGAAUGUAGAGGGCGUCGUUGGGGAUGCAAAGUCAGCCAUUGGUAGUGCUGUAGGCAAGUUUGCGUCGAACAUCUUCAAUUGA